UUUCCAGGCUUUGCCGCGACCCGGUCCGACUCUGUGAUGACGCAGCGUUUUCUUUUGGGGUGCUCGGCCUUUGCCAGGCUAUAAAAGCAGAGCGGCGGCGUGGAAAGUGACCGACACCGGCGAGCCUGCUUCAACGCCACACGCGCCUCCACACGCAGUCCCCCCCUCGCCAUGUCUCAGACCGCCAAGUCCACUUCCAACCAGGGCGCCGACGCAAAGGACAACAAGGGAGGCGCGCCAGCCGCCGCCUCCAGCAAGGCCACCAAGACAGGUGAGCCCGGCCUGGGCACCUUCAAGCUGACACUGUUCGACCAGGAGAACUUCCAGGGCCGCUCGGUGGAGCUUCAGAGCGAGUGCCUGAACAUUUGUGAGCGCGGCCUAGACCGAGUGCGCAGCCUCAUUGUGGACAGCGGCCCCUUUGUUGCCUUCGAGCAGACCAACCUCCGUGGGGAGAUGUUCAUCCUGGAGAAGGGAGAGUAUCCUCGGUGGGACACCUGGAGCAACUCAUACCGCAGCGACUGCCUCAUGUCACUCAGGCCCAUCCACAUGGACAGCUUGGAGCACAAAAUCUGCCUGCAUGAGCUCUCCGACUUCAAGGGCAACAAGAUGGAAAUCCAGGAGGAUGACGUUCCCACGCUGUGGGCGCACGGCUUCUGCGACCGAGUGGGCAGCGUAAAAGUCCCGGGCGGAGCGUGGGUGGGUUACCAGUACCCGGGCUACCGGGGCUACCAGUACCUGUUGGAGAGCGGCGAGUACCGCCACUACAACGACUUCUCGGCCAUCCAGCCCCAGAUCCAGUCGGUGCGCCGCAUCCGGGACAUGCAGUUCCACCAGAGGGGCUGCUUCACCUUCACCAAGUGAAGCGGCCGGGCCCAACUGCCCGCCCGCCCACCGGCGUUUUUACUGACUCCUUCCUGUCCGAGCGGAUCGGCCAUCUUCCAGCUCGUCCAGCUGUCAUCUCGGCUCGCUGACUUUUUAUGGUGCUAAUCAAUAAAACACGUUGUGAAAACAUACAAA